CAGCUUUCUGAUAAAGUAUCAGAGGAACGCAGAAAGGGACACAAUGUGAUAGUGUUGGGUGGAGAUCAUAGUCUCGGGAUUGGUUCUGUGCACGGCCAGAUAGAAGCUGAAAAGGAAAAGCCUGUACUACUAUGGAUAGAUGCACACAGCGAUAUUAAUACGCCGAAGACAUCGCCUUCUGGUAAUGCCCAUGGAAUGCCAGUCGCCUAUCUGAUUGAAGAAAUGAGAAACCAAUUGCCCGAGAUUCAGCAAUUCAAUUGGGUGAAUCACUCGAUCAAAGCCAAAGACUUGGUUUAUAUUGGACUUCGUGAUAUUGACGUCGGGGAAAUACAAACUAUGAAGAACCUGGGUGUGAAAUUCUUUUCAAUGCAAGAAGUUGAAGAAUACCCUAAGGCUGAAGGAGGAAUUCCAGCAGGUUUGACAUUGAGAGAAGCGUUAUACAUUGCCGAGGUCAUAUUCCAAACAGGUCGAAUGACUGUGCUGGAUGUGGUUGAACUGAAUCCAGAACUUGGAACAGAGACGGAUGCCAAGACGACAACCGACAAUACAGUCCUGGUCAUUGAACAUUAUUUUGGCAAAAAACGGAUGGGAAACUUGUCUUAAGGUGUCACCUAAACCUUCGUUUGAAUAAUCCGGUGGAUCCAUUACAAUUCACAGCCGCUAUACUCCCCCUCUAAUAGCCAUUAAUCUCUCUCCAUCCCUCCCCUUCUAACAGCCACUAUAUUCUCAAUCCCGCCUCUCACACAAUGUCCAGCUUCAACUAUGAAUUGCUCUAUUUUAAUUAUUCACGAUGAUUCAUUUAGAUAAUUAUGUGGGGUUUUUUCUUAUACAAUCUAUUUAAUACUAGACUCUUGUAUUUUUUACUGUGUUCUACAUACAUACAUGCAUACACACACACAUACAUGUAUGAAUAUAUAUACAUACAUAUAUCAAUAAACCCGACGAAUGGGUGUUAUGCCAUCUGUUAUGGUAUAGCUGCAAAAGUACUUCAUUAAGAGAUUCGAAUCAUACAGGUAGGUGUGUGAACGUUUGCUAUAGUCGUAAGAGGACGCUAUAUAUUCUCCCGGGUCUUCAGGUUACACCUUAAUUAAAACAGGUAAAUAGUGAUAUCUUCCUAAGGUCCACGCUUGCAGAGAAAGGAAAAGAGUAAAAGUGGUGAGCUUCAACUAUUCUAGCCAGGAAGUUUAUUAAUUCCCUACCACCACCACCACUGCAUGUAAUGAGCCUCUUUAAUUAAGACUAGAAGUGGAUAAAAUCGAGUAUCCAAGGAAACCGGUGAUUACCUGUACCGGUAAAUAUAAAUCAAUAUAAAAUUUGAAAGACCCCAAAAGUUGAAGGUAAAAUUGAAGAAAAUACUGUUUCAUCGAAUUGAUCUUUCCUGUUAAGGUGCGUGUAUAUAUAUAUAUAUAUAUAUAUAUAUAUAUAUAUAUAUAUAUAUAUAUAUAUUACUAUUUUGCUUUGGCAUAGCGACAGUAAUAACUUGAGGUUAGAGUACGCACCUGCUUCAGAAUAAAGCGUUUGUCGAUUGCAGAGCGUAAUAUGAAAUUAAAUGAGAGACAAAGAGACGGGAAAUUAUGUAAUAAACCUCAUUGCAUAAUCCCCUGCGUGUGUGUGUGUGUGUGUAUGUAUGUGUUUGUAGGGAUUACAAAUUAAUAAAUCGACAGAUGCAAUAUUUUGCAUAAAUAUAUACAUAUAUACAGAAAUUAACUUUUGUUCUUGUUAAACCUUAUUUUCAUGAGAUAAAUAAAAAUGUUGACAGCCA